UCAUUAGUGAAUCUCCAAAUAAAAGUGAAAAUGAAAAUGUGAGAAUAACUAAAUAUGAAAAAGCAAUUCAUGAGACAAUCGAGUUUGUAAAUAAUGUAAUUCGUAAAGAGCAACUCACAGAUACUAAGAAGGCUC